AAAACCCCAGCAAACAUAAAUUUCUUCAAACCUUCCAUAACUAGCCGUUAUAGCUUCUUGGUUCUUACUCAACAAUCUGCUCUCGCAUUCUUUCUUUCCUUUCAUCCAAAAUAGCCAUAAAACAAUUCAAUUUUUUCCAAAGACCAUAACUUUGAGUCUUCAAUCUGCCAAUUUAUUCGAUUUUAUACAUUAAUUUAAUCAAUCAAAAUGGUGAAUAACAGAUCUCCAUCUCCUAUGAAACCAAACCCUAAUACAAGAAUCCUUCAAGAAAAAGAAGGAUUUGGUGCUAGAAAGAGUUUUCAUGGGUACCCAUUUGUUAAAUCCACCAUUGUUGCCCAACCUAAAAAUUUGACAACCAAUACUCCUGCUAAUAGUCCCGCAGAAUAUACAAGAACAAUUUCAUUUGGUAGAGAAUAUGGGAUACCAUUUCAAGACAAUGAGCACAAAGAGAAUGAGAAAGAUCCGAAUUCAAAGAUCCCUGCACGAGUUCGGUCCCCUUCCUUGUCAAAGGGGACCAAGAACUUCAUGUCUCCCACCAUUUCAGCUACUUCGAAGAUCAACUCAUCUCCUAGGAAGAAAGUUUUGGGUGAACGAAACGAACCGAUUCGCACUUCAGCCUCAUUAUCUGAAGGAAAAUUCCAUUUUUUCUCAGGGGAUUUAUUGGACUUUAAUGAUGAGAAUGACCCAAAAGAACAAGCUGUUGAUUUGGAUACAGAUUUAGUAGUACUUAGUCCUGAAUUACCCUUAAAUUCUGCUAAAUCUUGUGAUAGUUUACCAUUGAGCGACAUGCCUAAAGUUGCUUCUAAUGAAGAUUUGGGUUUGGAUGUUAAAGAUAGUGUUGCUCCAUUAGAUGCUGACCCAUCUGUUGUUCCACCAUAUGAUCCCAAAACCAACUUCCUUUCUCCUAGGCCGCGGUUUCUUUACUACAAACCCGAAUCCAAAAUCGAAAGCAGUAUUAACUUUGAAUAUGAUUUGGGUUCUCAUUCAACUUCUGAGACUGAAAGUAGUGAAGUUGAGACAUCUAGUGUUGAAGAAAAGUCUUCAUGUUCGAAUUUAGGCUCCAUGGAAACCGAAGAACUCGAUGAACCCAAGAUGAAGGCAAGGUCUUGGUUUGGUGGAAAGUGGAAAGCUUUUUGUUUGAUUCUGUUCAUGCUGGUUUUUUUGAUGAAUUCUCAGAUUUAUAGAAAUCCCAUUUUGGAUUUUGAACUUGUAGGAGAGAAUUUCAAUGCUGUGGUUCAAAAUGCUAAGGUUUGGUCUGUUCAAUCUGUGGGUAUUUUGUCUAAGAUGUUGUGUAAGGAAGUAGAUGUUAAGUUUAGUCCUCUGCCUAUUAAUAACUUUACUGGUUGGCUAGAAAAGGAUACUGAAGAUUCCUUGCUUAGAGAAUUCAAGAAGCUAGAUUGUUAUGAGGCAGAGAAACUAGAACAAGUUUCGGGUUUUCUCCCUUUCGACGAGCUGACAAAAGUUGUAGAAAGCGAGGAGGCAGAAGAAGAUUAUAUAGUCGAAGAUGAAGAAGUUUCUGUUGAGUUGACAAAAGAAUUAGAAAGCGAGGAGGCAAAAGAAGAGUAUAUACUCGAGGAUUCUAUGGUCGAUGAGUUUCAAAAAGAAACAUUAGAAGAAAGAGUUAUGCUCGAGGAUGCCAUCGAAACGAUUGAAGAAGCAUCAUUUGUGAAUGAACCUGAAAAUCGAGAAGCACAUCAUUAUAAUGAAGAACAUGAUCUUACUUCAUUACGAGAUGAUUCUCGAAUCGAUUUGGUGGUCGAUGAUGAACAACCUUCAUCGAUACCACAAGGAAGUGAGGAAGUGCAAUCCCAACUUAUAACUACAAUUGAGCCAAUUAGUGAUACAACAAGCAAGAGAAAUAUAGAUGCAAGUGUAACAGCAGUAGGUCUUAUUGUUGUUUCAAUAUUGGUAGCCACCGGCUUUAUGGUUGUAAAGAAGGCUAAGUCGGAGACUUCUUCUAUGUUAGUCAUGGAGAAAUCAAUAGAUGUUCCGGUAGUGAGCAAAAUCGAUCCCAAUGUGCACGAAAACAGCCCAUGUGUGAGUGGACAGGUUGAGGUUGAUAUGGGUGGUGAGCCAUGCCCCUCAGAAUUCAGUAGCUUUCAAAAGACAUCUUCUUGCAACAAGAACAAGGACAGUGAUGAAGCUCAAAGUAUAGAAAGAUAUUUGAAGCAUAAGUAUAAUCACAAACGAGAGUCCCUUGCAUCUUCAUCAGAUAAUGCGAUCACUUCAUCCUAUGGAAGUUACACUACUUACAGUGUACUACCCUCAAAGCAAGGAGACGAUGAGCUGGUGACUCCGGUGAGGCGCUCAAGCCGAAUCAGGAGCAAGGUCACUUCUCCAUGACAGCCGAUAAGUUACAAUUGCCACAGAAUGCAGUUAUGAAUUGUUGAUUGUGAUCUAGUUUUCUGACACAGUGUUUGUUAUUCUGACUGUUUUAGAGAUGUGCCACUUUCUAGUUUUUGAUAUUGAAUGUAAUAUGUGGUUUGCAAUUACUCUUGAUUUGCUGAUUAAAUGGCCAUUAUGUAGGUUGAUAAUGGCGUAUACAUAUAUAGCAAACCUGGUUUGCUGCUAGUUUGAUUGUUGUUUUCUUGUUAUCAAACUGGUUUAUGUUCUCUAAUUUGAUCUCAUUUUUUCAUGUCGCAAAGAAAUUGUUUAACAAAUCA